AUUCGAUUUUUGUUCCCAUCAGUCACGAUGUAACUCUCUUCCAGCUAGGGACACAAACACAAACACCUCCGGGAACCUGCUGGAUCUGCUGCGUUCUCCGGCAAAGAAAGUGCUUCGUUUUGGUGCCAGUAGUGCUACUAGUUACAGACCGUAACCUGGCCGUAACUUGCAACACACCUUCCGUGUUUUCAACCGCUUUUGCAGCGCGUUUUCUUCCAAAGAGAACCAAGAAGCGAGAAGGCGAAAAAAACCAGGCGCCUCCAUAGCAACUGCAAGGCACACUGCGCCAUUUUCCGUACUCGGUCGCAUCCUUUGUUCUGAUUUGCUGGAAGCGCGUUCCUCAUCCUAACAUCCUGCAUACCACAUUCCUCUUUUGCCAUUCUCCGGUGACAGGAAGUUGUCGAUAAUAAUCAUCACCAGAGCGCUCGGCAGUGGCAGCAGCCAAGCACCAGGCCACAGCAAAAUGCAGCUCGUUAAUCGAAUCAUCGAGGCCGUCAACUUGCCGCUGUCGCCCAAAUAUCUGCGCGUCACGGCCAUUCUCAUCGCCAUCUAUAAAGUGCUGACGGCACACGUGUUCCUGUUUGUGAUGCUGCUCGGGCUGGCGCAUGCCGAGGAGAUGAGCACCAUCCUGCAGAUGAGCAUCGCCGACCAGAAGGAUGGCGAGUACAUCUGGACGACGAGCGAGCAGGAGGAGUCGAUCAACGAGUGGCGCUUCAAGUCCGCGGAAAAGCUCGCUUCCGUGACGCUUUGCGUGCUUUACAUCGGCACAACGGUUGCCACCAUCUAUGUGCUGAGCUGCCUGGGGCUUUUGAUCGGUACGCUUCGCAACCGGCACGAGUUCUUCAUCCCCUGGAUGGUGGUGGACUUCUUCGGUACGCUUGCCAUCGGGUCGGUGGUGCUGGCGUGCGGCUGCAAUGACUCCACCUACCAAUACGUCGCCGAAUGGGAGUACUGGGGUUUCUGCACGAUCAUGUUCAUCUUCAACGCAACCGUCUGGUGCGUCAUUCGGCUCUUCUACAAGAAUCUCGUCCACAUGACCAAGCUGCGCGAGGUAGCGAUUGUGGCGAUUCCGUGCCCGGCUGCUGUACCGCCGACCGCAAACGGGGCCUGCAGCAACACCACCACCACCACCACCAGCACCGGCAAAUGCCCCAACGGCAUACCGCAUCACUAUCGCAAGGAGAACAUGCACCUGAGCGACGGUGGACUGAAGCACAUUCUCUUCGAUGCCAACGAGGCCAACUAUCUGGUGUAAGCGGCGGUUGGGCGACAGCUUUCGGCGUCUUCGUGCACGCACAAAUGGCACAGAUCGCGAUAGUGGAAUGGUAAAUUAUUUGCUGUGAAAAGGAGGACGACGAAAGAGUUCCGGAAGAGUUCCAUCUCUCUCUCUCUCGCCUCCCAUUGAUUGUUCAUCAAUCAUCAUCAACCAUAAAACUGAAUUUUACUGUUGUUAGCUGUUGGCCCACAGGCAGACAGGCAGGCUUGCGUAGUUGGAUCCUUCUGCUUCCUUCGCGCCCCUCCCAUUGGAACGUACCGAAUUUUGCCGUGUGUGGUUGUCUCGUUGUCUCUCCCCCUGGAUUGGUGGGGUGAAAUGGGAGUAGGGAGGGUGUGGGGUGAUUUUGUGCAAAGAGCGAACGAUUUGCAAAUUUAGACACAUUGGUUUUGCUAACAGACAAAAAAAACGAUACAAGAAGUAGCACGUCACAAGCGCGCGCGGCUGCACUAGCUGUUUGUUGUAUUGGAAUAUGUAGUAGAGGAACAUCUCCUAUAAUAAAAAAAUUACCAACAACUGGAUGGAUUAACCUUG